AUGUCAGACAACAAACAUCAAGAAUCAGCCCAACGUAAAUACCAGGUGCCCAAUGAAAUGGCGACCAUAUUCACAGUAAAGCGCAAUGCAUUGCAUAAUAUAGAGCCGAUGGCCGGUGCGGCCCACCAAUGGUUAAGAGAGUGCAGUUUAUUUACGGACAGACAAUACAAGCGUAUGAAAAACACAUCUAAUGUCUGCGCCUAUUUCUGGCCAUUUUUCGCCGCACCGGACAGGUAUGACACACUACUCAAGUUUGUGAUACAUCUGUAUAUAGUGGACGAUCACACGGAGUGCCGGUACGGGGAUAUGUAUCGUCGGCAGUCAGAUGUGGGCACCAUUUACGGCCAAUUGUACGCCGCGUGCGAUAAAGUGUUGGCCAUCGGUGGACAGCACGUGCCCGCACACCACUGGAAGCCCUAUGUGUUGGGCGCGUACGCUAUCUAUGACACAGUCUGUGCCGCGUAUAACGACAUACAGAAGCGACGAUUUAUUAAAUAUAUAAGAGGUUAUUACGAGGGCAGUGUCGCCGAGUGCCAGCAUAUAGACCGGAAGCGACAAUUUGACAACCUUGAUGAAUUUUAUGAAGUUAGAAUCAAAUCGGCCGGAGUUGAAGCGGCCCUUCAACUCAUUGAGUACGCGGACGGACUGUACGUACCGGAGAACGAGUGGCGGAACCCUAUAUUUCAGCGAUUGUUUGAAAUGCUGUGCCGUUUGGUUGUCAUCUGUAACGACAUGUACUCAUUCGAGAAGGAGGUGUUGGACGCCGGGAGUGCGGACCGGGUGUACGGCUGCGUCACAGCGUUGGCACAGAUUGAAAAUAUAUCGCUCACAGAGUCUAUGAACCGAUGGGUAACCAAUUAUAAUCUGUUGGAGAAAAGCACCAUGGUCGUGGCCGAUGAGCUGCUAGAGGCCGACUGGACCAGUCCGGACACCCGGGUAUUUAUUCAACACGGAUUGGCCCUAAUCGGUGGUAAUUGGAAGGUUCACUCAUUCCUUGACAGAUAUAACACUAUGUUUAAUCUCGAAGAGUUUGAGUAG